AUGGCGGCAACAGACGUGGCUCCCCAAUUUGGGACAGAGCUAAAGGAUAACUUUAAACCUGUCAACGCUUGGGUAUCCAACGGCAUAUCAUGGUUGGAAGAAAUUCAACAAUUCUAUCGCGAGCGCAGUGCUAUCGAGAAGGAAUACUCCGCCAAGCUUAGCGCUCUGUGCAAGAAAUAUUACGACCGCAAAUCGAAGAAGAUCAGUCCGCUGAGCGUCGGCGACACUCCUACCUUGACCCCGGGCUCGCUCGAGAGCGCCUCCCUGACGACAUGGACACAUCAAUUGAAUGCGGUGGAAGCUCAUGCGACCGAGCGAGACAAGUUCGCAACCGACUUGGUUGCGCAGGUGGCGGAACCCCUCAAACAUGCGGCAACUCAGUACGAAGAGAUCCGCAAAUGCCAUGUCGAUUACCACGGGAAGCUUGAGAAGGAGCGGGACGCAUCAUAUGGGGAGCUCAAGAAAGCAAAGGGCAAAUACGACGGAUCUUGUCAAGAGGUCGAAUCCCGACGUAAGAAAAUGGAAUCGGCCUUUGACCACGGCAAAGCCAAGGCGCAGACCGCAUACCAACAACAAAUAUUGGAAAUGAACAAUUACAAGAAUCUGUAUCUAAUUAGCAUCAACGUCACAAAUAAGUUGAAGGAGCGAUUCUUCCAUGAAUAUGUUCCCGAAGUGUUGAAUGUAAGCCAAACCCUGCCCAUGAUAGCCAUGAGAGAGGCCUAUACUCACCAUAGUCAUAACCAGGGCUUGCAAGACCUCAAUGAAACUCGAGUCAAGCGGUUGAACGCACUAUGGACUCUUGCCGGGCAAUUGGAAAAGUCAUAUCUUACAAAUAGUGUGAACCACACUACGAAUCUUCUCAAUGAGAUCCCCCGCAACGAUCCUCGCCUAGACUCCAUGAUGUUCCUCCAGCACAACGUGAGUCAAAGCCAAGAACCCGGUGAUACGGCUUUCGAGCCCAGCCCUGUAUGGCACGACGAUGCCACAAUCAUCAUCGAUGAGUCCGCCAAGGUGUUUCUACGAAAUGUACUUGGUAAGAGUAAAUCAUCGGUCCGUGAGCUGCGGGUCGAGGCGGAUAAAAAGAAACGUGAAGUUGAGACCGGCCAAAGAGUCCGAGAAAACAUUCAACAGGGUAAAGACAAUCGCAAUGAGGUUGAUAUUGUUCGAUCUAUUUUCUAUCUGCAAGAAACUUUGCAUGAGGUGGAGCGUAAAUGGCUGACCGCUGAGGUGGAAACAUCCACUAUCAUAUCUGUGGCUGGCGACUUGUCGAUGGGAGCCAAGAAUCACAACUUUAGGUCCCAAACUUUCAAGAUUCCUACCAACUGUGAUCUUUGUGGAGAGCGCAUCUGGGGCCUGUCUGCGAAGGGAUUUGACUGCCGGGAUUGUGGUUACACUUGUCACAGCAAGUGUCAAAUGAAGGUGCCAGCAGAGUGUCCUGGCGAACAGACUAAGGAGGAUAAGAAGAAACUCAAGACUGAACGCCAGGAACAAGCCGGCGCUGUUCCAACGAUUGACUUGGAAUCAUCUGCAACUUCUGCAGCUGCUCCGUCAUUAACCCGACAAAACACUAUGACCUCAUUGAGUUCAGGAUAUGCCGCCAGUACAGCGCGAUCAGUAUCGGUCUCCAAUGUCGCGACUCAGCCUACCCCCGAGAAUCCUACGGAGGCAGCCCCUGAGCCAGUUGCUGAGACCAAACCAGCCACAGCGAAGAGGCAUCGAGUGUUAGCUCCUCCUCCGUCGGCUUAUACAACUGCGCCACCUGCCAGCGCCCCCAGUCCUUCCAAGUCAGGCGACCCAAAGGGCAAGAUGCUCUACGCCUACCAGGCCACUGGUGAUGACGAAGUAACUGUCCAAGACGGGGAUGAUGUGACAAUCGUCGAACCUGAUGAUGGAUCGGGAUGGCUACGCGUCCGAGCUGGUUCUCAAGAGGGACUAGUCCCAUCUGCCUACGUCGAAGCUGCCCCAACCCCAUCCCCAGUGCCAUCGGCUAGCCCAGGACUUCCCGAAAGACCCGGAUCGACCUACUCCAAUUCGUCCGCUUCCUUAGCGGGUAGUAUCGCUAAUAAACGCGUCGGGCCCGCGGUUGCGCCCCGCAGAGGCGCCAAGAAGCUGCAGUACGUGGAGGCACUGUACGACUACGAAGCGCGGAGUGACAUGGAGUGGACCAUGGCUGAGGGCGAUCGCUUUGUCCUGGUUACUCGGAACGGCGGAGAUGGGUGGGCGGAUGUCGAGCGCGGUGGAGUCACGAAGAGCGUUCCAGCGAACUACAUCCAGGAGGUGUAG